ACGUCACACUGAAUUUGCUCUGUAAACAGACGAGUGGAGAGCAAAGGCAGCUGGGCAGAAGUUAUAACAGCUCUGCGUUCUGAUACCUACAACGGGAACACAACAAGAAGGGAAAAUGGUUCCAGUUGAGUCUGAUCCCAGUAGUUUUGUGAUUAUUUCUCGAGUGGGUGCACAAGAUCAUUCAGCGGAGACAACAGAUACGAGUUCCAAAGGACCAACAGAUUUACCAAAACCACUUCAAACAUUUAUUUCAGGAGAACCUGAAGUUCUUGGGGUAAUUCAGAUAUUUACAGGAAUAAUCCAUAUUGCACUUGGCAUAGUUCUGACUAUGUCAUUAAGAAGUUAUUUUGAUGUAGUCCGUGAAAGUGGUUUGCCACUUUGGACAGGAAUCAUGUACAUCAUUUCAGGUGCACUCUCUGUUGCUGCUUCUAACAAUCCAACAGUUGGAAAGGUGAGAUCCAGCAUGGCAGUGAACAUAGUGUGCUGUGUGUUUGCUGGUGUUGCAGUCAUAAUAUAUUGCAUCGCCACUCCAAUGCUUGAACACAUAUUGGGCCGCGGAAUUGUUCUUUACUGUGUAUGUUAUGAGGAAAAUCUAUGUGAAGGAUCUUUCCAUCCACAGACUGUAGUAAUUGGGAUAGUGUCGAUUCUUUUUAUUUUAACCGUUUUGGAGCUAUGCGUAUGCCUAUCAAAUUCAAUAUUUGGAUGCCGGGUCUUAUGCCGAACAUCUUUUAAUGAAAUGACUGUGGUGAUAUAUCAGAGUGCUACUUUGACCACCGACCAUUCAAGCUCAGCUCCUGCUGCCAUGAAACCUUCUCAAAAUGAUGAUGAUGCUGAGGCUUGAUCGAAAGGCUUUCGGAACAGGAUGGUGAUAACAAUGCAAAGAACCAGUUAUUUAGAGAUGGCAGAAAAAUCAUCAUGAUUUAGUUCAGAUACAUUGAAUAUAGAAUAAACCCAGUAUUGAUUUAUUUUGGCAUUAA